GUAAAAUAAAUUCAAUUUUGGUUGUCUUAAAAAUAAAUUUUCAGUUGAAAAAAGAUGAUAAAUCUAAUAUCAUUGGAUCCCACAAUAGUUAUUCGAACCACACCAAUACCACCAGUCAUUUGGUUUGAACAGAACGGCAUCAUCUUCCAAGAUCUCAAAUACGAUCGCUUCGACGAAGCAAUAGAAUUUUUGAAAGAGAACUACAUUCCCUUCGACACACUUUGCCGCUCGGUCAAUAUGGUCGACCACAUCGAUUUGAUCGAAGAAUUCUGCGAAGCAAUCCGAUUUCUGUUAAAAAAUGAUUGUUCGAUCAUUGCGGUCGAAAAGGCAACGAACCAAAUCGUCGGAAUCGUUGUAAUGACAAUAAUGAGACAAGAACAUCGAUCAUGGCUGUUUUGGGCAUUCCUGGUGAAUAGAAGUGCUGUGACGAAGAAAAUAUUUGGAUUCCAAUGUAACAUAAUGCUCGAAUACUUGAACCGAAACCGAACUGCAAUCGUUGAUGUUUCGUUGCACAUUUCCAUUGUGACUAUUGCUCGCCGUAUGAAAGGAAAACUGUUCAAAGAAGAUAUCAUUUUGCAAGCAGCCAAAAGUGCUAGAAGUGUGGGAGCGAAUAGUAUUUCCUACAUAGCAACGUCGAACAAUGACAUCGAGAGAGCCCGACGAGUUGGAUUUAAGGAAGUAGAGCUGAGAACAUACAACACAUACAUGGACGAAAACGGAAAUGCUGUGCUAUCAAAUGUACCGGCUGGCGAAAAUUGUUCGAUAAUUUUUCUGAAUUGUGUUGGACCCAAAGCCAAUACAUCUAUCGCUUCCAUUCUGUAUACGUAACUGAAUUUUAAGUUGAUCCAAAAAUGAAAAAUGUUUUCGCUUCAA